AUUUAGAAUGUAUUAACUUAAUUAUGGUGUCUAAAUAACAACAUAGAUGCAUGUGGCCAGUGUGGUUAGUUAUAAAGACUCACUGACAUACAGAGGCGCACUGAGAGAGCAGCUCUCUGAUGGAACAAUGUGUAUGGCCUAAUGAAAGCAUUUGUUUUGCCAAAUAGUAGGCUUACAAUUCCCACUAACUGAAGUGUGGGUUCAGUUCAGUGCUGACUGAGGUUGUAUUUUCCUUGGGUUUUCAUUGGCGUGUUUUAAACGCACUUUGUCUUGCGGCGCCAUAAUCUGUGUUUCAUUUCCCUAUACAGCUGGGAAGUCUUCGAGGAGUUGGUUUAAAAGACAGGAUAUUUCUCAAGAGCCAGCGGUGUUUUCGCUUUGUGUUUGCGAACGACCGCUAAUAGCCUAUUUCACAGAGUUGAAGAGUUUCAUUUUAAAGUUGUGUUAAAUGUGAUGCGAGGUCUAUUUCUCUGUCUCAGAUUCGGAACAUCAUGUUGUGGGAGUUCUACAUUUGCUUUCUCAAUAUGACUCUGUUGCUCCACCUCUCCCUUGGCCAAGAACACCAGGGGCCCGUAGAGGUCCACCACAUCAGUGCAGGUCACUUCUUCCAGCUGAAGUGUAGUGAUGACGAUGAUGCUGAGGCCCGAACCACUGUGACCUGGAGUAGAGGGGGGAACCAGACCCUUAACACGACCUCUGGGGUGGAGGUCAGAGGGGAGAUUCUGUGGUUUCUACCUACCCACACCUCUCAUAACGGACACUACACUUGUGAGAACAAGUACCCCACUGGAUCGUGGGAGAUGAAGUUUGUUUUGUCUGUGGACCCUGGGCCCUGUCCUGUCCCAGCUGAGAUCAGGACUGUAUCCCAGGGGAUGAGUGAAGUGGUGUUCUGCAGACAGCAGGAUGUCCUCAGUCUUGACCCCACAGCACACAUCCGAUGGUUCAAGGACUGUAGUCCUGUCGACAAGCAUGGAGAGACGUUCAUUGAAGAAGAUUGUCCGAAGAGGCUCCGGUUGGUCAAUGCUACUGAGAGUCAUGCUGGAGUUUAUACCUGCCUGGUAGAUUUCUCUCUGCAGGGGAUAAACUACACCGCCACCCACAGCACUCAGCUUAAAGUCAACAAAGAAAAAGUCCAGUUGAAACCCCAAGUAACCUAUCCCAGAAAAGAAACCUUUACGGUUGAACCAGGCUCAAGGGUAGAGCUGGUGUGUUCAGCGUUUCUAGGGGUCGGUGAAGGUACAGAGUCAGAGAGCUCUAUGUUCUGGACGGUAGAUGGAAGACAUACUGACCACAUAGAACAGCUCAACGUGACAAAGACAACAAUCCUUCCUAGGAGUAGUGGGGUCUAUGGCCGGUCCACUCUGUCUAUCUAUGAGGUCCGUCCUGAGUUCCUCAACGUGACCAUCAGCUGCAUCGCCAGGAACGCCGUGGGUCGGGACAUAGGGUUUCUGUGGCUCCAACCAGCCAAUCACAGUGGUUUCUACACAUGCCUGUGUCUCUGCCUGGCCUUUUCUAUGGUCGUUCUUGGAGUAGCGAUGUGCUGCCUCUUUAAAGUGGACCUGGUGCUGGCCUAUAGGAGACUCCUCCCCCUAGUGUCCAAAAAGAGAGCACCAGAUGGAAAGCUGUAUGAUGCCUAUGUCAGUUACGUCUAUGGUGAUGGGUUGUCCAGGGCAGAGAUGUUUGCUCUGCAGGUUCUACCUGAGGUGUUGGAGAGACGAUACGGAUACACACUUUUUGUCAGUGGCCGGGAUGACCUCCCUGGGGAAGCGAUCCAUGAUGUCACCUCAGAGACAAUGCGGAGAAGCAGACGACUCAUCAUCAUCCUGUCAGCCCAGAGUGCAUCCCCUCUACACCCCAAAAUGGAUCCUGAGGACCAGUUACCACUGCACCAGAGCCUGCAGGACCGCUCUAGUUACGACCAGCAGAUUGGCCUGUACGACGCUUUGAUCCAAAAUGGCCUCCGGGUUGUCCUGGUGGAGAUAGAUGACAAGGUGGACUACACUUCCCUUCCCAAGUCACUGCAAUAUAUCAGGAGGAAGCAGGGAGCUCUGAGGUGGAGGAGGCCCAGCUCUGGAAAGAGCAGCUCCACUGCGUCCCCUAAUGGCCACUUCUGGAAGUGUUUGAGAUACCACAUGCCCUUCAAGCCCAAAGGGGCUCUGAAACCACAGCCAACACCUGGGAUAAACUGUAGUAUAGAACUGUAUUAGUCAUGUCUCUAUUAGACGUUAUCUGACAAUUUUUAUAUUGAUGUAUUCACAUGGCUAUUAUGCCUAUGGCUGGUGAGGCCAACCCUGAUCCUGGAACCCUUGAAUUGUUGAAUUAUAGAUUUUUAAAAAUAUGUUUGAGAUACCAAUGUGAUCGAGUGUCCUAAGAAUUGUACAAGAGCACUUGUGCAGAUUGAGAGGCUUUUUCUUGUAGCAAUCCGGCCUAUAAGAAACAGUUACACUCCUCCUGAAUAGAGUUUUGCUAAUUUUGCUCAUACUUUGCUCAUACUAGUUCCAGUGUAAUCGAGUAUCCUCUAAGAAUUGCGCAAGUUUUUCUAGCCGUAACAGAGUUAUUUGUGUAAUGCGUCAGUGCAGUGGUACUGGUACAGCUGGCCUGGCGCUAUGCUGCCUCAGCAUAAAAAGGAUAUCAUCUGGAUGGUUUGGAAACAGCAUGGUCUCAACCAAGGUUUCCACUGACUUAGUCAUCUCUAAAUGGUACAGUAACUACAUCUGUUUUGUCUUGUUUUUAUUAUAUAACUAUUGUACUUUAUUAGUUCACUUUACACUGUACAUUUGAUAAAUUAUGAAAUGUGAUGAACUGGACUAUUUUCUUCCAAUAGUUCCAUCAAUAGUUGCUGAAUAUAAUAAUAGAUAUGUUCGAGACCUUUAAGUUAAUGAAGUUUAAUUAAUGUUUGCCUCUGUGUGCAUGUUUGAGAAAGAGUGUAUGCUCUUGUGAAUGCUGCAUGUCAAUUAAAAGUGUGUGUUUGAUGGGUUA